AUGUCCGCCUUCAUGAGUGAAUAUGUUUUUUCAGCUGCUGCUAUUCCUCAUAGAUGUCGUGUCCCUGAAUGUGGUGAAGAUUCAAGAUUAGUCCAAUUUGACCCCGAUUGGCUAACGAAUGCUAUGCCCGAGAGUUCGUCCGCUUCCAGCUGCGUUCGUUACCGGCCAAGAAAUAUCGAUGUUAACGUCACUUUGGAUUACUGUCCCGCGGACCUCUUCGACUCGUCAGUCACUGUUGAAUGUGAUAGUUACGUCUAUGCACGGGACAACUCUAUCGUCUACGAUUUUGACCUCGGUUGUCAGGAGUUCUUGCGAGUAUUGCCGGGGACUCUUAGCAGUGUGGGAACUCUGCUUGUUCUACCUGUUAUAGGCUACAUCUCAGACAAAUUCGGGCGGAGAGUGGCUUUGAUUAGCAGUGUGUUCAACUUAGCAUUAAUCGGGCUUAUAAGAGCUUUUUCAGUAAACUACAAUAUGUACGUGGCUCUUCAAAUUCUACAAACAACACUUGGAGCUGGUACCUUCAGUUCAGCGUAUGUCUUUGCUGCUGAACUGGUGGGUCCCAAAUGGAGAGUGGUGGCAAGCGCAACUGCUUCUGCUAUGUUUUCGGUUGGACAAGCAAUUCUCGGCGGAGUCGCCUGGGGGAUUCAGCCUUGGCGCUACAUGAUAAUGGCCCUUCACAUUCCAUGUUUUCUUAUCAUAUCCUACUACUGGAUAUUGUCGGAGAGUAUCAGGUGGCUACUGUCAAAGCAAAAGUUCGAAAAAGCUAAGGCAGCACUGGAAAAUAUUGCAAGGGUUAAUAAGACACAUAUCAGCGAGAAGUCCAUGCGGGGACUUUUGCUGCCGCCUGUUGUGACUGCAGAGUCAACCAAGGUACGUGUCCUUUGUUUAGUGGGCCGUUAG